AUGAUUACAGCGUUGUUCAUAUAUAACCCUAAAGGGGACGUUCUUAUGUCUAAGUUGUAUAAUGAAGGAGUGAAGAGAAAUAUAUCUGAUGUAUUUAGAAUUCAAGUGAUGUCAGUGAAUUCUCAACAUUAUUCUAACGGAGGAAAUGGCGGUAGGGAAGUUCGUUCACCCGUGUUAACAUUGGGAUCUACAUCGUUUAUUUAUAUAAAGUCAGGGUUGUUAUGGAUAUGUGCCGUGACUAGAUCGAACCAGGAUUGUUCAGCAAUUUUGGAGUUCCUAUACAAGCUCGAGUCGUUAUUGAAGGUAAUGUUGGAUGAAACUCCAGGCGAGAAAGUGUUGACAGAAGACAUGAUUGUGAAUAAUUUCAGCUUAGUGUAUGAAUUAUUGGACGAGGUUGUAGAGUUUGGAUACCCAACUAAUUUAGAGUUGAGCUAUUUACAGAAUCUUUUGACUUCGGUAUCAGCAAAUGAUAAGAUUUUCAAAUUGCCCAAUAAUGCUUUAUCAGGGGCCAAGUCGUUGAACUCAGGGUUAUCUAGGCGGAAGACGGUUAAACUCAACUCGCUGAAUAUUACAUGGAGAAACCCUGACAUUAAAUACAGGAGAAAUGAGAUCUUUUUGAACGUUGAAGAGAAGAUUAAUGUCUUAAUGAAUUCACAAGCGGAAGUGCUAAGAGCAUACGUUGAUGGGAAAAUACAAAUGAAAACGCAUUUGUCGGGAAUGCCCGAAUGUAGGUUUGGAUUGAAUGAUGACAGCUUGGUGUUGAAUUCGAUGAGUGCCGACCGGUCCGCAAUACCCAAUAGUGGAUCAGUGACAUUGGAAGAUUGCAAGUUCCACCAGUCAGUCGAAUUGAACAAGUUUGAUUCUGAUAGAGUUAUACAGUUCAUACCGCCAGAUGGCGAAUUCCAGUUGAUGUCAUACAACUGCAUGCUGAACAUCAAUUUACCCUUUGGGGUCUAUCCCCAGGUCCACCAGCUUGGAAACCUGAGAGUACUGUACAAAUUAAGAAUUAAAUCUUUAUUCCCAUCCAAAAUUCCUGCAACAGGCGUGCAGAUCAAGAUACCGACCCCAAAGGGUGUUAUCAAUUCAUAUUCAACCAAUUCGCUGGGAAAAUCGAAGUUUCACCCAGAGGCAAACUAUAUAAUUUGGAAAUUUAACAAAUUUUUUGGCAAUCAAGAGCAUGAUUUAACUGCAGAAGUCGAAUUGCCUCAUUCGAGCGAUGCAGAUAUCAAGAAUUUGCUCAACUGGGCCAGACCACCGAUCAAGUUGGAGUUCACCAUCGAUAUGUUUUCGUGCUCAGGCUUGACUGUCAAGUUUUUAAGGGUUCAAGAAAAGUCUAAUUACAGAACUGUUAAGUGGGUCAAAUACACUUCACAAUCGGGCUCUUAUGACAUUCGUUAUUAG